UUUCUCAGCGCUACAGCCAACAGGUGGCGCUCGUCUUUCUCUGACGUCGGCUAAUCAAACUCGCGAGCACAGACGCCUCGCAUUUCACGCAAACAGCAUUCGUCUCUCAGUCGCGACUGACCGUUGGCUGCUGUGUUACAGAUGGAUCGUUCUGUGUUCCCAGAAAAUGGCACACCAGACAUCCGUCACUGUCCACUGCAGUUCAACGCGCCAAGGGUGAUGGAGAAAUCAGAAUCGACCCGUUUGGUUCGGUCUGUGACGUUAAGUGGAUGCACAGUACAGGUUGAGGACGCUCCGCUGCCGGUGGAGCUGCCAGAGGAUCACGUGGAGGUGCGCGUCUCCCACUGUGGCCUCAACUUCACCGACAACUACCUGCGCCUGGGCAUCAUCCUCAACCUGGACUUCCACGUUCUCAUGGGCAGCGAGUGUUCCGGGACCGUCACACGGCUCGGAAGACGCGUCGACGACGUCCAGGUGGGACAAAAAGUUCUUUGUUUGCAGAUGCAAGGUGGUCUUUUCCGUCACACCAUCCAAGUUCCAAGAAGAAACUGUUUUCUGCUGCCGGACUACAUUAGUCCCAAAACCGCUGUGGGUCUCGGACUUAACUACUUGAUGGCACACUUGUGUUUGUUCGAAUUUGGACACCUCAAGACUAAACAGGUCAUUUUCAUGCAAUCCAUAGGAGGUGGCGUCGGUACAGCUGUAAUUCAGCUUGCGCGAACAGUUCCUCAAGUCACCAUUUUGGGGACAGCGUCAUUUUCGAAACAUGUAAAUCUGAGAUACCUUGGCGUGAAGCGUGUAUUUCGCCACGAACAAGAUUAUGUAAGCAAAAUUAUGGAAGCGUACCCAGAUGGCGUAGACCUGGUGAUAAACAGCGCCGGUGGAGCAGAUAUUACGAAGUGUUUAAGUCUGCUUAAACCGUGUGGAAGGUUGGUUACCAUUGGUACAAACAGCUCAGCGAAGUACCCGAAAACUACCUUGUGGGGACUACGAUCAACGUGGAAUACGAAACGAAUACCAUCUUCAGACAUAAUCGGCAGGAAUCACGCAAUAUCAGGGCUAAACGUUGGUCACUAUCUCGAAAACAACCAGAAGAAAGUGCGCUCCAUACUCGACCACGUCUUCCAGCUGCGGGCCGAGCGCACUAUUAGACCUCGUAUUCACUCCGUUUUAGAUUUUGAAAGGGUUGGUGAGGCGCUGGCGCAGCUCUGGAGGAGGGAGAACUUGGGGAAGGUGCUGCUCGUCGUUCAGCAGGACUCUCCCGAACUGCGAGUGCGAGGAGGAGACGCGCUUGCAAGCGUCGCUGGGGCGGGCCGGAGCGUCGCCACGCUGUGACCCGAGGGCGGUGGCCGUAUGAGCAGUGCAGCCUGAGGUGCGAACGGAGGCGGCAGCCACGCCAGGUUGUAGAAAGGACGCACACAGCUGAAUCUACGAGGAAUCGCCUUUGAAACCUGCGAAAUCAGUGACACUCACUAAAACUUGCAAUAUCUUAUAUUCAUUCUACACGUUAACAACGUUAAAACAAGUGGAGUGUCUUCGUUGUUGCAACAACUACGCCAAAAGAGGCACUGUAAAAAUGUCGAGCUUUAAAAAUAUACUCUGUCGCUUUUAAAUGCAUGCAAUAAACUUGCUUUACUCAAA